CACACACACCGAGGCAUCCCGAACGCCGCGUACCUUACCGAUCGAUCCGUCAGUGGUCAGCACUUCGACCUGCUGAUGACUUAUAAGAAUAAUCGGAGUGAAAGUGCACGCGGUGUAAAAUUGAGCUUUUCUUAUAUUAUUUUAUGCCGAGAUCGGCCUAUAUUUGCCCCCUAUUAGGGCCUGUAGGUAGUAAGUAGUUAAACAAUAAGUUUUCGGGCAAUUUUGUAACCAGUUUCCCAACAUUCACUAGCUGUUUCGCGCGCCGAAUAUGCCUAACCUAGAAACUCUUUAGCUUAAUUGCGACAUGAUUGGAUUUAAUCACAAAGAGUGAUCAACGAAGAUUAAACGAAAUUAUUAAUCAACCCAAUGGAUUCCAUUAAACCACUUACGAAACUUCAACCGAGUUGUUUGACUUCUUGUGGCGAAUCGGCGAUUAAUAAUCCGGAAAACGAUCACCUUAACCCGUUGCCCAUCCGCCCGGCAACAUCUUAAUAAUUUCGUUUACUGAUGGAAGUAAACGCGACCAGAUCCAGCCAUGUCAAUCCACCACAGGGCCAUGCAAGACAAUAUUGACGAUCUAGUGGGUACGCAACUUACCGUACAAGAAUGGAACGGGACAAAAUCCAAGCGGAUAGGACAUGAAUACGACUGCGUCGGAAAAUCUGUCGAAGCCGAGCAACAAGUCUGGAGAAGCCUCAAAUGCAGCACUGCAACCGAGUUCCGGACACCAAGCUCGCUUUCGGACCAUACUUCCCAAGCAGCCAUCCGUGAGAAGCCAAUUGCUGCAGCAAAUUCUGCCAACAUUGCAGCUUCUUCAAGUCCGUCACGGAUCAACCUGUUCCAAGUUCCUGUCGAAUCACGCAACGAAGUACCUGGCAUGUCUCGUCGAGCCUCCCUCGACCUGGAACUGAGGAGGCUAGAAGAAGAACACGCCAAGAUCAAGCGGAAAUUUGAUUCUGAACGGGUACGCUUUAAUGAGGAGUACAUGCUGCUCGAACAAACCAUCCGCGCUGGCAGGAUGGCUUCUAGCAGGACAACUGGGAAAAGAUUACAGCGGCUCGGCAGCCAAAAACAAGAAACCACACCACUUGUUUUGCCGCCUAAAGCCAUUUCUUUUCACCCAUCGGAACAAAGUCCCACAAGCAUCGAUCAGGAUUCACACGACCAAUUUGUCGUUCCUGGUACCACCACGAAUUUCGUCAAUGCCCUGUCCAGAGAUGUCCCUGUUGGCCACUCCUCUUCCAAAAAAAAGAUGCUAAUUUUUCUUCAAACGACGAUCGACUUCUGUAAUCCGCGAAAGGGACAACCUGGAGAGGAAAAUGCCAACUCCGAGUCUUGUUUACUUCACGGAGCGGGUUUUGAAAACAAAGCACAACGAACACAAUUUGAUGCACAAGUAAACAAAGAUUGCUGCCAUCCCGCUCUACGCCUUCAUUCGUCGUUCAACAUCGCAGAACUCAACAAAACGGUACUGGGAGAACUGCUGUCGAAGUUCCACAGCAGCACCGGAUCGAACCGACGUCGCCAACCAAACCUGUUUCUGGAGCCGGAAACGCACCGGCCACAACGAGUUCAUUUGUUGAAGUCGAGGAACAAGAAGCGCGUCCGUCUCAAACCAACGGGCCAACGCUUCGAUAUUCAACAACAAAUCGGAUCUUCGAAGCGACGUGGCCAAGCCUACCAGCUUGGGACCAACAGUGCAGUACUCCUGACCAAGAAUCAAGUGACGACCGCAAGAAGGAACUCAUCCGGUCUACUUAGCGAACCAGUUUUUAACGAUCUUCGGCUGUCGUGGUACCUGCUUUCAACGGAUCAAGUUGAAGACGACAACAGGAAAUCGAACUUUUCGCCCGCUCUCCCGCGUAGACAACAGAACAUAACCGUAAGACAAUCGGUGCGACGGAAUGUAAACCGACCGAAGGUUCGGUGUACCUGGGGGGAGUGUUACGCGCAGCAAGCGCUACACGCACCUUUGUCCAACAAGUCACACACACCGAGGCAUCCCGAACGCCGCGUACCUUACCGAUCGAUCCGUCAGUGGUCAGCACUUCGACCUGCUGAUGACUUAUAAGAAUAAUCGGAGUGAAAGUGCACGCGGUGUAAAAUUGAGCUUUUCUUAUAUUAUUUUAUGCCGAGAUCGGCCUAUAUUUGCCCCCUAUUAGGGCCUGUAGGUAGUAAGUAGUUAAACAAUAAGUUUUCGGGCAAUUUUGUAACCAGUUUCCCAACAUUCACUAGCUGUUUCGCGCGCCGAAUAUGCCUAACCUAGAAACUCUUUAGCUUAAUUGCGACAUGAUUGGAUUUAAUCACAAAGAGUGAUCAACGAAGAUUAAACGUAAGUUAGAUUUAGUUACUCGCAAGAAGCGAUUUUUUGUAUUAUACUUAUCCUACUGUUUCCCCUCUCCUAUUAGGAAAUUAUUAAUCAACCCAAUGGAUUCCAUUAAACCACUUACGAAACUUCAACCGAGUUGUUUGACUUCUUGUGGCGAAUCGGCGAUUAAUAAUCCGGAAAACGAUCACCUUAACCCGUUGCC